AUGAAGCAAAUUCUUUUUAUUUCAGUAUUUGUUAUUUCCAGUAUUGCACUUAUAACUGAAAUUGGACAUACAGGAAUAUUAGCUGCUAAUCUUGUUACAAGUGAAAAAGAUGUAGUUGAAUUAGAAAAACGAAUUCAAAUUAAUGAAGAUAGAGAAAGAGUUCUUAAAGAUCAAUUGAGAAUGCAUUAUCAUGACCUUAGACUUGCUGCAAAUCCUACAUCAAGAGUUCAACUUGAAAGAGGUAUUGAAUCAAUUUUAAGUGAAUUAAGAGUUCUUAGAGCUGCUACAAGAAAAUUCCUUGAUAAAAUGAGAGGAAUUGCUGAUGGACUUACUGGAAUUGAACGUAAUGAAUUUAUUAGAAGACAUAGACUUGAAAGAAGAGUUGGAAGUACAUCUAAUUUAAAAGCAUCAAAGAUUACAAAACAAGCAAAAAAACAAGUUAAAAAAAUUGCAAAAGAAUCAGCUAAAAAAUACAGUUCUAUUGCUGCCAAAAGAGCUGGAAAGAAAGCUGUAGAAGAAGCUAAGAAGAAAUUUGGAAAUGAUCAACAAAAGAUUAAAUUAGAAAAGAAGAAAGCAGAAAAGAAUGUUUAUAAAAAAGCUUAUAAAGCAAUUAUGGAAGAAGUUAAAAACACAGCAUUAGGAUUACAACCAAAUGCUUUUAAGAGUAAAUCUGCUGAUAUUGUAUUGAGAGCUACUAAGAAAGAUAAUAUUGCAGUUGAUAUUAAUAAAAAAGAAAGGUCUGUAGCUGUUAAUAAAGCUGUUAAUAAACAAUUAAAAAAAGUUUUAACUCCAGCACAACAAGAAUCACUUAAGAAAACUAAGAAGGUUGUUCAAGAAGCUCAAAAAGAAAUUAAGAAGAGUGAUGAAGAACAAAAACAAUUAAAUAAAGUUAAAGAAGCUAAAAAGAAAAUUCAAAAACAAAAAGAUGAACUUGUUAGACAAAACGUUAAAAUGAAAAAAGCAAUUAAUAAAGAAAAAAUAACAAAAGGUAAUUUAGUUGCAAAGAAAAAUAUUACAAAUAAACCAAAAAUGAAUGUUAUUAAAGAAAAUAAGAGAGCUAUUGAAAAAACUGUUUAUAAAACACAACAAAGAGCUAAACAAGAAGGUCUUCAACCAAUGGGACAACAAUUAAUUCAAGAACAACCAAUGCCAAAUAUGUUUGACAAUAUGCCAACUGUUGCUGAAUUAAAUAAAGAAAGAAAUAUGAAAAUUGAUCAAAUUAAUAAAAUGAGACAAAAACAAAGAUCUCAAUUAUUUGAACCAAGUUUUAUUAACGCCAUUCCACCAGAAUUAACAGUUAGCCCAAUGAUCGGUAAUUAUGGUCCUGCAAUGGAUAUUGAAGAACAAAAACAAUAUAUGUCCUCUUUAUUUGGAGGAGUCCCCGAAUUACCAUUCUUAGAAGAUCAAUACUUAGUGAAUCCAAUGGAGAUUGAUGCUGCCUAUAAUCAGAUGUUGAUGUAA